AUGCAGACGUCAAUUUGUGCAGUGAUUUUUGUGGCACUAACUGCUGAAUUUGCUGUUUUGCAUGCGAACACAUUUUACACUGACUGCUCUGAUGGCAACACGCUUAUCAGCGCAUCUGUGCCGAACUGCAGCCAAGUGUCUUGCGUCGCUGAUGGAGGCUCAUUUGUAAAUAUUGAAAUCACCUUCCAAGCAAAAAGAAUCAUUCGUUCUGGGAAGGCGCAACUUUGUCUGAGGGACUCACAGUCGAAGAUUUGUUUACGCGAAGUUGCAGACAUAAGCGAUAUCUGUGACUACAUGGAUCCAGGAUGUCCGCUGCAACAAGGAGGUGUAUACACGUAUAAGAGGAGUUUCUUGGCACCGGAUGUCUCGAUGAAAGGCGAAGUUAGCUACAAGCUUUAUGACGAGGAAUGCAACGUGGUUGCAUGCUUACAGUACAACGGGGAAAUUGUGUCAAAGAAUAAGAACAGACCGCAAAUUCUGUUCACUGAAGACAGCUAUCCAUGCGGCGGCAAAUGACAUUACAUGUUUUGCUGAUCUUUCCUACACAUUUAUAUUUCUUAUGACCGUAAUUAAAUGAAGGCGGAGAUUGCAAACUUUGAC